AUGGCUUCCAAUCUGAAACACAGAAACGUCAAUUGUUGUUCAGUAACUGUGAUAAAACACAGUACGGCACAUCUCAAUGGCUGGCCACAUUCUCCGUUCGUCACUUUUCAGUUAAAAGCUUACUACCACCAACGAAACGGUAAAAGAUCAGACCCUAGUUUAACAGAUAACACAGAAAAUAGUCGCCAAGAAACAUUACUGAGACAAAUUCUACUACCACAAACUUACGAAUACCAUAAAUCAAAUGAUGCAUUACUUCAAGAUGAUGACAUCAAUACUUAUGAAAAAUCACACGAAGAAUCUCAAAGAAUGCGGGAUUUACGUGCUCUGAAUAUUUUAUUAAAAACAUUGAUGAUGGAACAGAAGGUACGAACUGAGAACUCUGUGAUGGCCUGAACCUAUCAGUCCACUGACCAAACCUCAACUUCGACACUGCUUGAUUCCUGAAUCUCGAACAGCCAACAUUACCAUUAUAUAUUACUAUGUUUCAUUAGUCUACAAAUUCUAUAGAAAAGAAAAGUGAUUUCAGAACAAAACUCUCUUAAGAAUGAAGAACAAUGUUUUAUGAAAAAAAUAUCUCGAACAUCUAUUUAUACAGGUUUCUACAGAUAUUUAAAUGCGAACAUUGUAGUUUUUCAUGUUCAACUGUGAGGGAUGUCUGGUCUCGACAGACAGGGUGAUCUAAUGAUUCUUUAAGUUUACAACAGCAUGUUCUUUUAUUCUUCUUCUUUGAUUUUCAACAGACUUUAUUUACAUACACACAUGCCUCGUCUCUGUUUCUCUGAUUUUGUUUACUACAAAAAUAUCUGUUAAAUAUACUGUAGACAAUACAAAUCGGUAUUGUGAAGCUUUGGGAAAAAAGGUUUGUGCAAGACCAAGUGCAGACAUGGAGAGUCAUUUCUAACGUUUUGUGAAGUUUGGUUGACAAUGAGAAAUUAUUCUAGCUUUUGAGAGCUGUUUCACCGAUUACCAUUUUAGUCAUGAUUUUUUAUUUUUUAGUACAUUAGCGUGACAUCCUAGGAGUCGUGUAUAGGUUAGGUUUUAAAUUACAUAUCCAGUGCGAACAUUUGAAAAUAUCGCAUAGAAUCCAAAAAAUAAUUAGACAUCCGAUCUUGGAAAAACACAUAAAAAACUAAUUAUCAGGAUUACCUAUAUCUAUUUUUAUAAUAAAUGAUGUUCGAAGAAUAAAGGAAUCAACAGUAAA